GGAAGGUGGGGUAUCUCCACCAGCGAUCCCAUCCUGCCCCGCUGUGGCCGGUGCUAUGACCGGAAAGCUGCUGGAUAAACUCCCGGUGAACAUGACAUCGCUUCUACCGGACAGUCUGUACGCCGAGGAGGGGCAAGACCUGUCAGGAGCUCUGUCCAUCUACCCCGGUGGGGGCAACGAGCAGCACUACUCCGCCAUGUCUUCAGAUAACGUUAUGGACUUAGGCCUGGCUAACGACAAGAAUUCCCAGGAUCUCUCAUAUACAGGUACAUUCCAGCCGGGUAAUAAGACUGUCACCUACCUGGGCAAGUUCUCCUUUGACUCCCCCUCCAACUGGUGCCAAGAAAAUAUAAUAAGCUUGAUGAGCGCAGGCAUCCUUGGUGUGCCAACAUCCCAAGCCACCGGUGCAGGUGGGGGAGGAAGUAGUGGAGGGAAUGGUGGCAUCAUGGGUCAAACGCAAAGUGAUGUGGAGUCAAUGUUCCACAGUCUUCCACCUUAUUCUAGUUGUGGGGACCUGUAUCAUGAUCAGGUGAGCUUCCAAGGAGGCGGUAUGACCCCCUACUCCUCCCAAGACUACUCAUCUACCAAACAGAGCUUAGACUCUAGUGUUUUUCCUAUGAUACCAGACUACAACUUGUUUCACCACAACACUGAGAUACCCACAGUAGAUCAAAAGCCCUUCCAAAACAUGGAGGCCAUGCGGGUUAAUCCACCACCCAUCACCCCUCUGGAAACCAUCAAAGCAUUCAAAGAGAAGCAAGUCUUGCCAAGCUUUGGGGGCAUGAGCCAUCAACCCCCACUUACUCUUAAACCAAUCCGCCCAAGGAAAUACCCAAACCGUCCUAGCAAGACGCCACUCCAUGAAAGGCCCCAUGCUUGUCCGGCUGAGGGCUGUGAUAGGCGCUUUUCACGCUCUGAUGAGCUGACCCGUCACCUGCGUAUUCACACUGGACACAAGCCCUUUCAAUGUCGUAUAUGCAUGCGGAGCUUUAGCCGAUCUGACCACCUGACUACCCACAUCCGUACUCACACAGGAGAGAAGCCCUUCGCCUGUGACUUCUGUGGACGCAAGUUUGCACGCAGCGAUGAGAGAAAACGGCACGCCAAGAUACACCUUAAACAGAAGGACAAGAAAGGUGGUGAAAAGGCAGGCUGCUCACCAUCAGUUUCUGGGGCACCAGCUGUUACCACAUGUGCCUGAGUUUAUAACUGGAUGGACUUAGUUCCAGGGGCUGAAGGAGAAUGCAUUAUGUAUCGUACCUACCAUCUUUGUGAAAUGUUGCUCUGCAGACCAUUAUCCUUUGUACUGAUUAUUACUCAAGUAAGG